CGCCUCGCUCCCGUCAUGCCCUGCGGUGGCCGGAAGCGGUGGAAGGGUCAGCGCGAGGGGCCGCAGCGGAGUCCCGGAAGCGGCGCCGGAUGGCGGCGGAUUCGGGGGCCCAGCCGCCGGGGGGAGGCCCGAGCCGGCACGAGAAGAGCCUGGGCCUCCUCACCACCAAGUUCGUGUCGCUGCUGCAGGAGGCCAAGGACGGCGUGCUCGACCUCAAGCUGGCUGCGGAUACUCUGGCUGUGCGGCAGAAGCGGCGCAUUUAUGACAUCACAAAUGUACUUGAAGGCAUUGGGCUGAUUGAGAAGAAGUCCAAGAACAGUAUUCAGUGGAAAGGAGUAGGCCCUGGCUGCAACACUCGCGAAAUUGCCCACAAGUUGAUUGAACUGAAGGCAGAGAUUGAGGAUCUGGAGCAGCGGGAGCGGGAGCUGGAACAGCAGAAGAUAUGGGUACAGCAAAGCAUCAAAAAUGUUACAGAUGACGUGCAGAACAGUCGAUUAGCCUAUAUAACUGAUGAGGAUCUCUGCAAAUGCUUCCCAGGUGACACGCUGCUAGCCAUUCGGGCCCCAUCAGGCACUCAGUUAGAAGUUCCCGUCCCUGAGGGCUUGAAUGGCCAGAAGAAAUACCAAAUCCACCUGAAAAGUACAAGUGGUCCGAUUGAUGUCCUGCUAGUCAAUAAAGAUGCCUGGAGUUCUCCUCCAGUAGUGCUUCCUGUCCCUCCCCCUGAAGACCUCAUUCAGUGCCAGCUGGCCACCCCUUCCAAGCCUCAUAGGCCAGCCCUCCACUCCGUUCCCAGUCGUAGCCAGCCUUCUGCGCCCGUCCCCAGCAGCACACAAGACCAUGUCUGUGCGACCCUGAAAACAGCUGGUGCCACAGAAAGUGACAUCUCGAUAACAGAACCCAAAAGCGUUGGGGAGCUGGACCCACUCACUCCCCCAGCAGCCCCCAUCAUCCUUCCUGCUGGGCUGGAUACACAGCCCCUCCAGUCCUCCGCCUCGCUAGACAGUGGUUCUGUCCUGCCCAGCCCCUCUACCUCUUUCCAGCUGAUCAAACCAGACCCCACAGAAAUACUAGAACUUCCUAAAGAGCUUUCCGAGAUGUUUGAACCAGACAGAGAAUGCAUGAAUUCUGAGCUGUUAGAAGAGCUAAUGUCAUCUGAAGUGUUUGCCCCCUUGCUCCGCCUCUCCCCCCCUCCUGGCGACCAUGACUAUAUCUACAACCUGGAUGAGAGCGAAGGAGUGUGCGACCUCUUUGAUGUGCCUAUCCUCAACCUCUGACUCCUGACAUUUGGCCGAAUACUUUGAAGUACUGUGUUUUUUUUUUCUUUUUAAAAGCCACCCUGUCUUUUGAAAAGACAAACGAGCCCGUCUUCUUUUUUAUUACUACUUUUCUGCUUAUGCUUAAGUGACACGCUCAAGACUUCAAAUGAAGAGGGAUGGACUUCUGACUGGCAUCCUCCAGCUCUCUCCCUCCUGUGUUGUAUAGGCCAAGUCCUCUGGGUUUACCUCACUCUUCCCUACCUGUCCUGUCACUGGAUCCUGGGGCCUCCUCUGCAGAGGUCUGCUAUUGAAACUUCCUGAAUGGCGAACAUGCUUCCUCAGGUCUGUGGACCUGUUUGAGUUUCCUUGCGCUGCUUGGAGGCACUGUAUCUCUUUGCCGGAUGCUUCGGUGCAGGGGAAAGCAAAACCACUGGCUUGGCUCCAUGGAUCGGUUUUAUGCUUAGGAAAAUUGGAAUUUCAUGUCUCGGUCUCCUUUGUGUAUCUUAAAGCAUAAAGAUCCUGCAGCUUUCUACCCGCUCUCCUUUAGCAAUGUUCAAAAACAAAGUAAUGAAGCAUGUGCCAGUUUUGCACCGUCACUUUCCUCCCAAUAGUCAGGUAUUUGUCACUGUAUCAACCAGGGAACAUCCCUGUGGGAAGAUCUGCCCCUUGCGAUGCUCCAAACUGUUCUUCAAGAUGGGAGGGACACUCGUCAGUCAAUGGAACUGGUAAGCUGUGGGUUUACAUCCCCUCUGGAACUACAUGCUGGCAACGGGGUUCUUUUCAGUGCACAGGAGUGACAAUUUUUUCAUGUUAAAUAGCUGAUUAUGUUUGAAUUGCCAUUUCCAAAACUCAGUAUGUCUCCAGAGCUUAUCCCUGACAUGUCCUCUCUGUUUUCCAAUAACAGGCAUUUAUACCCUUCUUCCACUACCUUUGCCAUUACUUUCUGGUCCUUGAGGAAGGGUACAUCACCACCGCUGCACUUCCUUUGCACUUCUUACAUUCUCAGCAGUCGAAUCCUUAUGUUUCAUAGUCUGCAUUUGUGUUUUCACCAGAUGCUGAAACAUUGUGUGGACCCUUUUGGCUCUUGCACAUUACAUAGCCCAGACAGCUCUUAACUCCAAGGUAUGAGCUGAGGUGUGUUGGGGCCAAACUGGAAGCCACCUUGUAUCCCAACUCUAAACGUUACUGCUUCAGUGAAAGCCCAGUUUGAGUGGGAUGUUGUGACAAAUGUGCUUAGCAAUGCAAAUGGGUUUGCAUGACCUGCCCAGUUUAGGCCAGCUGCAUAAGCAAGGUCUUUCUCCCCUUCUAAUUAACACGUAGGCAGUGGGAACUAGUUGGAGUUAGCUGCCAUCUUUCUUCCUGAAAGUAGGCUUCAGUUUCUGGUUUCAAAAACCUUUGGCCGUCCUGGUUUGCUGGCCUGUAAGUCCCAGCAGCCACAGCCCACAUGGCCAAUUGUAGGGGGCUAUGGGAAUAGUAGCCCCAAACAUUCAGAGGGCCAAAGGUCCUCCACUUCUUCAGUUCUUGAUGUCUGCAAUUUCUUUUCUCAUCUCAUCCAGGAUGACGAGAUGCCUUUAGGAAGGCAGAAGUCUUUCUUGCUUGCUCCUUUGUGUCAGUUCCUUGGUAUCUCUGUCUGAGUGUGUUUGAUGGGGAUCACCCAUGUUUAUCAGCUGACCUUUCCCUCUUCUUUGCUGUCAAUCUCAGAAAAAAUACCUACAGAAAAUGUACAAUGGGGGGAAUUGAAUUUUGAUUCAUAUAUAAAGAUUAUUUUUAUACUUUUUGCAGCUACAGAGACUCGACUGUAAUAUUUGUACAGUUUUUUUCUGAGUGAAUAAACAAGAACCUUUUCAAAGCUGUCUCCUGUCAGCUUGCUGGGACAUGCAUCUCUGUCAUGCCCUCCCCAUGUCAUAGUUGAUGCUGGGACACAACCCUCUUGAAAUGCUGAGCGAAGGGUUUUGACUAGAACUUCCUGGAAUGAAAUUCUGGCUUCUUUUGAAAGUAUCUUUCUAUCUAAGGUUACGUUACAUUAGUUUUAAUUGUCAUACGAGGGUGAGUAAAAAAGUAAUGCCUCCAUCAUAAAAAUGUUAUGAAUGAACAUAUAACAGCAGAAGUUGCUACAAAUCAUAGCCUGAAGUAUCCUUUAUACAAAACUACAGUUCAACAUAGUCACAAUUAAUUUGUACACAUUUCUGCUAACAACAACAACAACAACAUUUCCCCAGGGGGACUCUGGGUGGCUCACAUAUCAAUCACAACAAGUUAAAACAUUAAAAAUAAUAAAACACAACAUCAUAAAUUAAAAGUGCAGCCAGUGGCCAUGGGCAACCUAAUGGCGGAGAGGAAUGACAAUUGUGCAAUAUAUUAGUACUAAUCACAUGGACCAGUGGUAAAGUGCAGAAGACUAGGAAGUAGGUCAAGAUAGGGACUCAAUCUACUGUUCUUCUUAAUCAAAGGUGGCUUGAAAAAACCAAGUUUUCAAUUUUCGGAAUGUCAUCAGUGUGGGGGCUAAUCUGAUUUCUCUCGGGAGAGAGUUCGGGAGCCAGGAUCAAAACUAUUUUGGAAAAAUUCAGGGUCUUGCUUUAUGACCCAUGAUUUUAAAGCUGUUUUAACGUCAUUCAAGUGAUUGAAUCUGAAACCACGUAGGUUGUCUUUCAGAGGUCCAAAAAGGUAAAAGUCAGAAGGGGCCAAAUCAGGGCUGUAGGGUGGGUGAGGCACAACUAACCAGCCCAUUUUUGCAAUUGCCUGGGUUGUGAAAAAUAACGUGUCAAAAUGGUUUUGAUGCCUGGGUUACAUGAUAGCACAAAUGUGUACAAAUUGAUGGUGACUAUGUUGAAUGGUACUUUUGUGUAGAGGAUAGUUCAGGCUAUGAUCUGUAGCAACUUAUGCUGUUAUAUGUUCAGUCAUAAUGUUUUUAUGGCGAUGGAGGCAUUACUUUUUGACUCACACACAUAUAAACACAAUUGUGCUCCCGUGUCUUCAUUGCUUGCUCUUUUAGGGAUUUCUGUAUUCCUGAUUUCGAAGGUCUUGGAUCAAAUGUGGAAAGUGCUUGCUUUCAAUUCUUAAAUGGCAGCUUUUUUCAGUAAUGCAGACCGUGUGACCCUCCAAGGGUUGUUGCAGUGUCGCUCCCAGCAUCCUUCAUAACCUCAUGAGAUGGACUGAUGAGAAUCGCGGUCCAGCAAGAUUUGGAGAGGCACAUAUUUGUCAGAGUUGGUCUAAUAGGGUUAAACUUAGGAGUACUUUUCACAUUUGAUCCAAAACCUUCAAAAAGAGGGGGGAAAUGGGCUCAGAAUUCUUCAAAUCUGAGUGUAUGUCUUUUGUACCAGCUUCCACUGGGUUCAUUAGCGGAUUUGAAUAAAACAUCCAGACUGUA